AUUACCAAUUUCACUUCACCCCGAAGCGGAAGCGUCGUUUGUUGUUAUCGACCGUAUGGAGCUGGAUCAGCUGGAGCCGAAGAAGAAGAGACUGGAAUGACCUGACAAUCGGCCUGUCGAACAUUAGUCCUGCGUAGUCGAUUUCGAGUUUAUUUGCUGCACGUACACGAUCUAGGAGAUGUUCUGUUUAGCACCUUAAUCGAAUCUACCGAUGCACCAUGUCGCCCGAACCCACGCAAGAACCCAUCCAAGAGAAUUUGACGGCCUCCAAUGUACCCCUGGACGCAAGGGUGGCGAAUGACUCGGAUAGUGAGGAUGACGAUAUGGGUAUGACAGGAUACAUUCCACUAUCUCAAGUAUCCACCGAUGCUGAUCCUAUAUUGGAUGAGGAUGAGAACGAUGAAUGGCUCUCUGGAGUUGGCGAGUCGAAUCAAACACCAUCUACCCCAGUAGUCGAGGCCCAGCAGAGCUGUGCCUCGGAGGUGUUGGAAGUCUGGUCGUGUCCGUAUAAUCGUUCCGACAUCGACCUGGACGCGGCUAAGAUCAAGCAGGUGAAGUCUGUAAUGGCGUCCAUUACACUUCCCGAAACUUCCAUCCCGCAGUGGGCGAGCGCGAUCUCCGAGGAUCAGUGGAAGGAGCAGCUGCUUGUGCGCAUCAAGGAGAUGCAGAACAAAGAUCCGUAGAACUUAAAUCGCGACGUAGUCGUUGGCCGCACAGCCGAGGUUUGAAGUCUCUCUUAGUCAGUCGCGCGUAGCGCGCAUCCCGCGUUAUUGGAAAUCAUUUGUUACGGCGGUAAAAACGAGAGAGAGAGAGAGAGAGAAAAGAAGGAAGAGGAAAAAAAGAUAUACGGAAACGAUUGCGAUUGAGAAUCGGACAUCGCCGACGUGUACACACAUACAUAUAUAUUUUAUCUAAUACGUUUAAGCGAAACGAUCGCGCUUGAUUUUUAUAUUAACUAGGCUAAGAGGCUUUCGGAUAGAAUUUUAGUAUUAUCUCGUUACGAUCACGUGCAAUUGUGACGUGAGGGCGCAAGAGGAGGGUGGGUCAAAAGGAUGGACCUGGUGGUCGAGCGUGUGUUAUUGCGAAGCGUAUUAUUAUUGUCUUUCUUUCCCUUUUUCAUACGAUAUGUUAUUCGAAGGCGGAUUAUAAGAAGUAUAUGAUAUAUUAGUUUAAUUAAUAAACGUCGCUCGAUGUUA